GUUUAUUUUUUUCUCAAGAAAAUUACAGUAAUUCUAGUUUGAAUCUAAAUACAGUUUAUCAUACCGUCAACCGUAAGCGGCACCUUUUAGAGGAAGUUGUGAGUCAUCUGACAGCGACAAACAGUCACUCAGUUAGGGGGCGGUGCCCUGUCUGAUGACGUUACCCAAACACUGGCAUGUUCUAGACGUUCUAUUUUUUUCCUCUCAGCUGACAGUGACGUAGCGCCUGCGGCUUUAGACCCAACGGGACUGAUACACACGCCGAUACAACUGUCCGCAGUGGAGCAACGGUUGUAACAUUCGGAUACGGGCUGGUGAAAAGAAACGGACAGUCCAAGCAGGAGAGAGACUGUCUGUGUGUACGUGUACUCGUGUUCGGUGGUCACGUAGAGAGGAGCGCAUUCCACAGGGACUGCUGUCAUAACUUCGUCUGAUGAAUUCACUGUGGCUUUGUCCAGACCGGUGGACAGACUGCUGAUCUGAACUCCAGGCCCUAACACUCCCACGUCGGCGACAUGGUGGAUUACUACAGUGUCCUGGGAGUGUCCAGAACAUCCUCCCAGGAUGACAUUAAGAAGGCGUACAGAAAACUAGCUCUGAAAUGGCACCCUGACAAAAAUCCAGACAAUAAGGAGGAAGCCGAGAAAAAAUUUAAAGAACUGGCUGAGGCCUAUGAAGUACUUUCUGACAAAAGUAAACGUGAUGCAUACGACAGAUAUGGAAAUGAGCGAAUGCCACACACAGGUUCCUCCAGCUCAGACUUCUCAUCAGAUUUCCCAGGAUUCACCUUCACAUUCCGUAGUCCAGAUGAGGUAUUCAGAGAAUUCUUUGGUGGCCAGGAUCCUUUUGCAAGUUUCUUUGAUGAUUUCCCAUCAUUUGGAGGCCCAUCGUCUCGUCUCGGCCCAGGCCGCUUUUUCUCGUUCCCUUCAGCAAACACUGAGUUUACCUCGUUCUCCUCUUCCUUCGGCGGUCUGGAUGGGAUGGAAAGCAUGGGUGGAGGGACGGGCAACUUCAGAUCAGUUUCUACCUCCACUCGUAUCAUAAACGGAAAACGCACAACUACCAAGAAAAUCAAGGAAAAUGGACAGGAAAGAGUAGAGGUUGAGGAGGAUGGAGUUCUAAAGAGCGUUCUUAUUAAUGGUGUUGAAGAUGAAAUGGCCCUGGCUAUAGAGAUCAGCCGACGAGAGGCGGAGUCCCAUCACUUGCCCGAGAAGCCACGCCUCCAAAACAGGACGCCCACUGAGCCUGACAGUUUUCACUCCAGCCCUUUCUCAGCAGCCACACGUCGAUCGCACAGUGCUGCGCCGUACUACAGCUAUGGAGGGCUGGGUGGAGGUGUCGAGGAUGAUGAAGAUGAAGAACUUCAGAUGGCUUUGGCAUGCAGCCUGUCAGAAAUGGAAGCACAGCAGAGAGCAGCUGCCACGGGCGUCACAUCAGGUGCUGGGCGUGGGGGCAGAGCAGUUGGUGACAGAAGAGGUGGUGGGGUUACUAAGACUAAAAAAAUAGUUAUGGCUAGUGUGGCAGAGGAGAAAGAGAAAGAAAACCAGACUAAUAUGUCCUCAGCAGGACAGAGUGAAAGGAAAGGAAAGGAGAAGGAGGCAGGCAUGUCACCUGAGUCAGCCACAGCUCAGUGCAGUGAGGAACAGCUUCAACCUGCCACGACCAACAGUGAUGGAGGCGUGAAAAAGCGAAAAAAGUGUGGCUGUGUUGUGUCCUAAGGCUGUGUGGGUCAGCGUUUGUGCGUAAAUGCCUUACUUUAACACUCAUGGCUAUUAAAAUGCAAAAAAACAAUCUUUGGGGGUUGCUAGUUUACAUACAUUUUUAGUUUUUAAUUUUUAGAUAAUAAUCACAACAAGAACAACAAUAAUAAUAUUGAAUAAAUUGAUUUUCUUUACUCAAAUGUGCCAUAUAUUUAGACAGCAAUGCAGUGAAUUUUAGUGUUUCAGCUGUAGCCAAGUUUGUAGUGAAUGUGAACCCCGUCUGCUGUGUGUCUGUGACAAAUGAAUGUAUGACCACUGAGGCGUUGAAACAACUGAUGAAAAUGGAAAUGAAGUCACACAACCAUCUUCGGUUUCUAAUGUCAAUCAUGAAACACAUUUUGCUGUGAAAAUAAUUAUUAGGUGCGACAAUGAAAUGAAACCACAACUUCUAUUUUAAACUAUGUGAUAAUAUAUAAUUUAGGACAUUAACUCCUUUUUACAGUACAGCAGCCAUACCGUACAAACUGAUAGAAAAUAUCACCGUAGCACCUUGGAAGUGAAGCAUAUACAAUACAUUAAAAAAUGCGAUACAUUCACAAUCAGAAGGACCAGUUUUUGUAUUUAGUUUCUUUUGCAAGUUUCAGUUGCAAUCAGUAUUAAUUAUU